AAAAAAAACCCUACUCUCUCAACCAGCAAUGGCGGCUGCGGCGACGUACUUGAACGGUGGUGCAGAGGAGAUGCAAGAUAGGGCUCUAGUGGUAUCGGAGCGGCAGACGGGGGCCUCGAUGAUGGAGCAGUUGGUGCCGGAGAUUACGACUCAUGCACUGAGUUACUUGGAUUAUCCGAGUCUAUGCCGGCUUUUGAUGACCAAUUCGUUAAUGCGGAAGGCUGCGAAUGAUGAUAAUGCAUGGAAAGCACUCUAUCACAAGAAAAAGAGUUGGAAUUACAAAGGCAAACUAAUGCUAGAAAGUGCUCAAGCCUUCAUAGAGGUUGAAAUAUGAACAUAACUAUGAGGCUCGAGAUUUGGAUAUAUCAAGAGUCAGAGUUCAUGAACCUUGAUUACCACAUCCUUAUCAAGAUUUAGAUGGAUUGCAUCAAAUAAACCUCGAGAGUUGAUGUAUAUUUUAGUUUUUUUACUUGUGUUUUUUUAAUUUUAUAAAAUUUUGCACAUGUAAAUAUUUUUAGUUUGUUAUUUUUCUUUUUGUUUUGGAACUUAUCAUAUUUUUCAAAUAUGGAUUGUAAUGUUUGGUACCUUUAUUUGUAUAUGUGGAUAUAACAAAUAUUCUUUUGUA